AUGAAGUUGACUAAGAUAUUGUACGGCAUUAUUUUAUGCUUGGCAGUUGAGAAUGGCAAGUACUACUCACUAGCCACAGGGGAUGAAGAAGUUCCUCCGCCGGUAGGCGGUAAUGCUGAAACUGAUUUGGGUAAUGGAGCGUCUCCACUUGUACAAGCAACCGGUGAUACUCCAGUUGUUUCUGAAGGAGAUGGAGCCGGUAAAACUCCAGCCUCAAGUACUGGCGACGGAUGUAACUUCUACGAUAAAUUGGAUCUUGGUGUUAAGCCAUUCGGCGAAAUCAAGGGAGACAAAACCGUGUGUACCGUGAAGUUAAAUGAAGAAUUCGAUGCCUUCCUGUAUGCGUGUGAUGGAACUUCGGACCCCCCGAUGUGCCCAGGUGAAGUAAAAACUGAAGACGGAGUUGUGAAGAUAGAGUCCCUAUUUGCACAGGCAACCGUGACCAACGAGUCAGAAAAAUUCCCCUCAAAGCCUAACGUGUUCCACGUUAUCACUGGAAAGGCGAACAAGCCAUUCUCCGCCAGCUGUGUAUGUUCAAAGAAGGACGGAACAAAGGAAACCAUGGAGCUUACCUCUUCAUUCAAGCAAGCCGGAAUCCUAGGAAUUUUAGGGCUGAUGUUAUAUGAUUUAAAAAUGGUGAUGAAUAGUAAUAUGUUUUAUCCCUAUAUACAUGUUGUGUCAGUGUUUAUUAUUUUUGUAUUAUACUAUACAGGAGCCAUGCCGCCUUCCAAAAGGAAGAGCGACGCAUACAAACUUAAAUCAGAGGAGGAAUCCAGGCGGAAACGAAGGAGAAAGCGUUCGGAACCUGAGCCCGAAGCUGAGCCCGAGGGUGUGCUCGAAGAGGAGGGGAAAGUGGAAGCUGCCGGAAAAAACGCUGAAAAGGUCAACGCUGAGUCUGAAAAGGAGUCUCUGAAGGCUUCUCUCAAGGAUAGAAUUAAAUCGAGCUUUAUGUCGAAGCUUAACUUGGUAUGCGACACUCCGUACUAUAAAAUCGGCUGGGAGUUCUACGAGGAGAGGUCGUCCAUAAGGGCCGCGGACACAAUAUACAUCUUUUGCCACAAACUGGGCCUAUCCCUGCCCACGCUCCUCACCGCGCUCGUGUACCUUCAGCUCUACAAGAACGCCAGCAGGAAGUGGCGCGCCACGAAGCACUACGUUGUAGCAGGAAAGGGCAAGCGGCGGAGGAAGUUUUUGAAGUGGGACGACCAGUACUUGACCGCGGCAGCCUGCGUGCUGCUGGCCUGGAAGUACAAGGAGGACGAAAUAGGCCUCGUGAGGUCGACGAAGAAGCUGUACGACCUGAGCGUCACGCUGUACAAAAUCAUAGUACUCCAGAGCUCAAAGAAAACCGAUAACAUGUCAGUCUCAUCCUGGAUGCUGCAGGACAGCGGAGAAGAAGUAAAGACGCUGAGGUCGCAAAUCCUGGACCGGGAGAACCAGAUUCUGCACGCACUGGACUACUUCAUCGGUCCGAUUCCACUCCCCGAUUCUUUUAUAAGCCCCUACUGUAAGUUGUUCCUGCUGUCCAUGGCCGACGACCUCAUGGAUAAUCAGGAGUACUGUCGGAAGCUGGAGCAGGUGGUUACCCUGCUGGUAACCGACUUUUACAAGACUCAGCUGUGCGUCGAGUACACUCCGAACGAAAUAGUUGCAAUUGCGAUCAUCAAAAGCUCAUGUUUGCUAUCGUUUGUCGAUGAAAAGUACGAUGUAUGUAAAUAUAAUUUUAACAAUGACAACUUAUUCAAGAACGCACAAGAUCUGGAGGAUAGGCUGUCGAAAUUCAUAUCAUCACUCAGUGACAGUGGUCUUCAGUAA